UACACUGUCAGGAGCAUCCUUGCCUAACCACUCGUCCCAAGCGCAUCUUAAUCCAGAACAUAAGAGCAGAGGAACUGAAUAGCUUGGAAGCAGUGACUUUAAAAUAAAACAAUCGUUUUAACUUGACUAUGGGGUGGCUGGUGUGCGUGCUGUUGGUGUUCCUGGCUUGCUGUGUUGUCCAAACAAACACAGAGACAGUAUGCGGGAUCGGGCAGUUCCUGUGUGGGAACGGGAAGUGCAUUACACUGAGAUGGGUGUGUGACGACACAGAUGAUUGUGGAGAUGGAACUGACGAGCUCCCCGGAACCUGCUCGGCCAGAACAUGCGGAACCACAGAGUUCAGCUGUGGUGGACAUCUGAACCAGUGUGUUCCCAGUACCUGGCUCUGUGACGGCAAAGCAGACUGUGAGAAUGGAGCUGAUGAGGAGAGCUGUGCGCCCAAGCACUGCACAGAUAACAAAUUCCACUGCAGUAACGGCCAGUGUGUGUCAGCCUCCUUUGUGUGUGAUGAGGAGUUGGACUGUGAUGACGGGAGCGACGAGGCUUCCUGCCCACCCACCACCUGUAGCUCCACCUCCUUCCAGUGCCACAACUCUGUAUGUGUGCCGCGCCUGUGGGCCUGCGACGGAGACGUUGACUGCUCAGAUAGCUCCGACGAGUGGCCCCAGAACUGUGGGACACGAGCCCCUGAGGGUGCCCCCAAGCCCUGCUCCCUUCGGGAGUUCCAAUGUGGCAGCGGGGAGUGUAUCCACAGCAGCUGGAAAUGUGAUGGAGGAUUCGACUGCCUGGAUCGCUCUGACGAGACCAACUGUAGCCGCCUCACCUGCCGCCCCGAUGAGUUCCAAUGCGGUGAUGGCACCUGUAUCCACGGCGGUCGCCAAUGUAACCGCCAGUACGACUGCAGAGACUUGAGUGAUGAAAUGGGCUGUGUCAAUGUGAGCCAUUGCAAGGGUCCCACCAGGUUUAAGUGCCGUAGUGGGGAGUGCAUCAGUAUGGAGAAGGUGUGUGACAAGCAGCGUGACUGCAGGGACUGGUCAGAUGAGCCUCUCAGAGAGUGUGAUUCCAACGAGUGCCUGUACAACAAUGGCGGCUGCUCACACUUCUGCAAUGACCUGAAGUUCGGCUAUGAGUGCCAAUGUCCCACCGGCUACUACCUGACGGACAAGAAACGCUGUGAAGAUAUCGAUGAGUGUGCCAACCCAGACAUCUGCAGUCAGAUCUGUGUCAAUCAUAUGGGCAGCUACAAGUGCGAGUGUGAGGAGGGCUACCAGGUCGACCCAGCGACCAAAGCCUGCAAGGCCAUCGGCACUGUAGCCUAUCUGUUCUUCACCAAUCGCCAUGAGGUGAGGAAGAUGACACUGGACAAGAGUGAGUACACGCGUGUCAUCCCCCACCUGAAGAAUGCAGUGGCUCUGGACAUGGACAUGGUUGCCAAGGAGAUUUACUGGUCUGACCUCUCCCAGAAGAAGAUCUACAGCACCUCAAUGGACUUGGCUGCAGACACAGCGCAGCACAAAGUUGUGAUUGACAGCGACAUCGAAGCUCCGGAGGGCAUCGCCUUUGACUGGGUCCACGGCAACAUCUACUGGACCGACAGUAUCCGCAGCAGCAUCUCUGUGUCAACCGCCAACGGGAGCCGCCGCAAGACUCUCUUCCAGAAUGACCUGGCCAAGCCCCGCGCUAUUGUGGUCGACCCCCACAGCAAUUUCAUGUACUGGACUGACUGGGGAACUCCAGCCAAGAUUGAGAAGGGAGGUCUGAACGGAGGAGACCGUGCUGCUCUGGUCACAGACAACAUUGUGUGGCCCAAUGGAAUCACCCUUGACCUGCUGAACCAGCGGCUGUACUGGGUGGACUCCAAGCUGCACACCCUCUCCAGUAUCGACGUCCAGGGUGGCGGCCGAAGGACACUCAUUAUAGAUGAACACAGGCUAGCCCAUCCCCUAGGCGUCACUGUGUUUGAGGAAAGAGUGUUUUGGACAGAUGUCAGCAACAAUGCCAUUCUGAGUGCCAACCGUGUGACAGGCAGGGACAUCAAGCCUGUGGCAGAGCACCUGGUAUCCCCAGAGGACAUUGUGUUGUACCACAACCUCAAACAGCCAACUGGCAGGGACUGGUGCAAGGUGGCCAAUGGAGGCUGUGAGUUCAUGUGUCUGGCAGCCCCCCAGGUGGGCCUACAUUCCCCCAAGUACACCUGUGCAUGCCCUGACAACAUGCUGCUGGCCAAAGACAUGAGGAAAUGUGUACCAGCUGCACCAACACCUGCAACUCCAGUCAAGCCCAUUGUUCCCACCUCCAACCCCCCACCGGCACCCGCCCACACCUCCCCUGCACCUCCAGCCCGCGCCACCAAUAAGGCCCCCAUCAUCGCUACCACAGUUAUGCCUGCGCCUCCCCGCACUACCAAGCCUGUGCCACGCAACACCCAGCCUGCCCAGCCAGAUACACCCAGGAUCCCUCAGGCCCAGACUACCACAGUGCCUCAAGUCACCACUCAGGACAUCCGCCAUGAAUUUGCUGCUAUACCCACAGCCCCUUCAACCCCUGCAGCUUUAUACAUCGCGCUGCCUAUAGCCAUUGUGUGUCUGGUGGCAUUUGUUGCCGUGCUGCUGUGGAGGAACUACAGGCUGAAGAACACCAACACCAUUCACUUUGAAAACCCAGUCUACCAGAAGACCACUGAAGACCAGGUGCACAUAUGCAGGAGCCACAGUCCAGACGGCUACUCCUACCCACCGAGACAGAUUGUGAGUCUUGAUGAUGAGGCUUGACCGUAGUGCUGCCGUUCCCUGCCAACACAAACGCUUUAAGAGGAGAGAGCAGAAGAGUAAGAGAGACAUUUUAUAUAAGCUACCUGGACAAUCUUGUUUUUUUUUUACCUCACAACCUCAAAGACAUGAGAAGGCAGAGAAAGUGUCAUACCGCUGACCAAACCACUGUGUGCUCAAAGAUAAAGAAAGAAAGAAAAGCAGGAAAAGGAGGAAGAUAUCUCAUUCAUGUGUCUUUCUUGCCCAUUUGUGCACAAUCCAGAGCCAUAAGAGACCAUCAACUCAUCUCCACCAAGCUUGAGUUUUAUUGGCCAAUUCUACACCAUAGUAUUUUUCUCAGAGACGAUUUGUCUGAACUGUGAAAUGUUUAACAAAUGCAAGACUGUUCAGACAUUGAACCACAUUAUGAAAGAACAGUAAUGUAAUUGUAAUAUUUGAGUGUUUUGUGUUUGUGAAGAAGUGCCCUUGAUAUAAGAGGUGACAGCAACUUUAUUUAACACCACUUAGAAUUGAGAAAGAUCUCUCUUUCUUGUUAUGUAGAAUUCAGAAAUUAGGUAUUGUAAAUAACGUAGGUAUUUAUUUGACUUAUUUCUGAGACUGACAAAAUGUUGAGAAAUAAUGAGCGGAUCAUAUCUUUUACUAUGUCUAGACUCAUUUCUUUGUUCCUGAAUUGUUUUAAUAUCAACAUCUGAUAUCUGAUAACACCUGAGCCACUUGUUGAAAUGAAACCCUUUGAUAGUGAAUGUCGUCUUGAAUUCUAUAAAUGAGCCAAUUUUACCUCUGUAUCAUCACCAGACAGGGACAAAGUCAAAUCAUAGCUUUUUAUACCAAUCGUCCACAUUGCCUCACUAGUGGAGCACUAUCCAAAUGGACGGUUAGACACACUGACACUUAUACUGUAUUUCUAACACUAUUGCUGUGGGAACAUUCAAUUUCCCUAAUAUGGUGUUUAAUUGCAAGCCAAGACAGUAGAUUUAGGACAGUCUGUCUGAGAUGUAUCUUUCUCAUUUUCUCCAUUGUCUUACUUUCUGUCAUCCACUCCUUCUCAAGCUUUCCUUUCUUUUAGCCCAACUGUGUGAAAGCAGUAUAUAAUUGUGUAAUUCUUCUAUGACAGAAAGCCUUAAACCAUGUUCAUUGUUCAUGUGUCAUGCGACAGUAGUACACAGACUACACUUUUAGGAAAAAGGGUGCUAUUUAGAACCUAAAAGGGUUAUUGGGCUGUCCCCAUAGCAGAACCAUUUGAAGAACCUUUUUGGUUCCAGAUAGGACCCUUUUGGGUUCCAUGUAGAACCCUUUCCACAGAGGAUUAUACAUGGAAUUCAAAAGGGUUCUACCAGGAACCAAAAAGGGUUCUACUAUGGGGACAGCUGAACCAUUUUAAAACCCUUUUUUCUAAGGGUGUAGCAAAUCAUGUCUUCAUUCAGGUUCAGAAACACAAGUUGCCUUUUAAUGGUUUUCACAGCAUUGUUUACUGGAGAGAGAGAUUUAUUUGUAAAAACUGAUUAUGACAGUUUUAGGUACUGGAAUAGAAGCCAUCCAAGUGCAUUAUAUAUCAUGCUGAUAAUCUUUUAACCAGAUGAUUUAUUCAAAUACUCAUGAUAGUGUUGAGGUGGCUUUAGGCCGCAAUGUUUGACACCUCUUUCUCUGAGAUCAGAGGGAAAUUAAUGUGUCUAACUGUUUACAAUGAAAUGUGUUUGACCUUGAGGAUGUCACAGUGUUUCAGGUAUUAGACAGACAGAGUUUGGGUAAUUAUAUAUGGCCUAAGUCUAACAAAGACAUUAUAGUUGAGUCAGUGAAAGUUUUUGUUUAUGUUUCUGUUGUGUUUUUUUAUGUGGGGUUGGGACUAAACAUAUUGUUUAAUUCAAUAGCCAUAUGGAAUAAAUCCAGAAAUGUGUGUUAACUAACAUCAACAGUGCAGAUCAUUAAGAUGUAAAUAUUAUGUUCAUAAUGUAUUUGUAAAUAUUCAUUAAAAAAAUUGGUCAUGAUGUCCCAGUGUAGAAUUUGUACACCGUUAAACAUUUGAUGUACAUAAAUAAAUGCUUAUAUUUAUUUUAGAAUCAUUACACUCUGAUUGGUACUUUACUUGAAGCCUGAAGUUUUGGUCUGAUAAGCAUUUUUGUGUUGUAAAUGUGUCAUACAUACACAAAAUACAGGUUACAAGUUAACUGUGUUAAUUGUGUUUACUGCCUUUGGUUUUCCAUAAUUAAUUCAUAUUGAGAUGCUUUAGUAGUUUCAAAAUAGUCACCUUUCACAUAGAUCUAUUAUACUUUAUAAUUCCAUCAGAUUUUUAGCACUAAUUUGAGAAUGACAUUUUUCCGGAAUUACAUUUCUUUAUCCUUUUAGAUAAUAAGGGCACUACCAAUGGCUAUUACAUUAGCAGGAUGACAGCCUGUUGAAUAACACAAACGUUCUGUAAUUCCUGACAGAAGCAUGGGAGGUAUGAUGUAUUUAUUUAUGAAAUUGUAUGAUUGUAAAUAAACAAAUCACACAGGUGUUUUAUAUUCCCGGA